CUCGUUGGGUAAUAGCCCUGCUCCUGCCUCUGCAACCGCAGGUGCUUCAUUCCGCCCCUGAAGAGCGGAGGAGGAAGCUGAGGGGAGGCGGCUGAGCUGGUGGGUGGGGUCCCGGAAGCAGGGCACCGAGCAGAGCCAACGCACCUGAGCCUGCAGUCCGACUGCCUGGGCAGCUGGCUCGGGCACCCUCGGGGUCGAGCUGGGAGAUGUGUCUCGGUGAGUCACUUAGCGUCUUCGGGACUCCAGUUCCUCAAGUGUAAAACGGGGAUAAAAGUAAAUCUCUACCGACUUCCCAUAAGCAUUAGGUCAUGGAAGUGGAAUCGUUUUUAGAAAUGAUAAAACAUGACCCGAUCGUAGCAUUCCCGUCUCUUCUUUGAGUUAAAGUGGUGACACUGUGUCCCUUCCGGGCCUCGUGUGGGCCUCUCUGAGCCUCAGUUUCCCCUCCUGGCGAGUGGACAUACCUGCCUCUAGGCCCGUGCGGAGGAAUGCGGACUGAGGGGUCCUGUCCUUCCCGCAGGGCCUGCCCACUGGGCUCUGAUCUCUGCGCACCCCCAGGACGGGGAGAUCUUGGCAGAGGCUGCGCACAGAUUCCUGCUGUCCUGUCUGUUCCUGCCCCUGCCCAGCGUGGCACCCACAGGAUUCCGGGAUUCAUCCUAGACGCUGGGCCCCACAUCUGCUCGAGAGGGCUCCUGGGCUCUCAGUUCCGGGUGCCCCGCCUCCCAGACCGACCCACACCCCAGCUGGAUGAGGCCCCUGCAGAGCUGGACCCAGGCUCGCCACCUGCCCAGCCUCUCCUGCUGCUCUCCGUGCCCUCCCAUGUGUGGUGGCCGGGACAGACUCUAGAAUGUCUCUGCCCCAGAUCCAAGUGGAAGAAGCAGGUGAGGAAGGCGGGCCGGUGGGAGCUGCUGCUCCUCCCGAUGACCACCUCCGCAGCCUGAAGGCCCUCACUGAGAAGCUGAGGCUGGAGACCCGCAGGCCCUCCUACCUGGAGUGGCAGGCCCGGCUGGAGGAGCAGAUGUGGCCCUUCCCCAGGCCGGCCGCCGAGGAGGCGAGCAUGGAGCAGGGAGAGUGUGGGGCCGAGGGGCCCCUGCUGGCCCCGAAAGAGGCCGGAGAGCACCUGCCACCUCCUGGGAGCGCCAGCCAGGGUGAUGGGCCGCUGUCCACGGGCAAGCUGGAGGGCUUCCAGAGCAUCGAUGAGGCUCUCACAUGGCUCAGGAAGGAACUGGCCGAGAUGAGGCUGCAGGACCAGCAGCUGGCCAGGCAGCUCAUGCGCCUACGCAGCGACAUCAACAAGCUGAAGAUCGAGCAGACCUGCCGCCUGCACAGGAGGAUGCUGAACGACGCCACCUACGAGCUGGAGGAGCGGGAUGAGCUGUCCGACCUCUUCUGCGACUCGCCCCUGGCCUCUGCCUUCAGCCUGUCCACUCCGCUCAGGCUCAUUGGCGUCACCAAGAUGAACAUCAACUCCCGGAGGUUCUCCCUCUGCUGAGGAGCCUCGGGCGCAGGGAUGGGGUGGGGCCCGGGGCCAGGCGUGGCCACCUCCUCCUUCCUCCAUGGCCCACAUUCCUGUGUGCUGGACUCUCUGGUGCUGUGAACCGGCGUCCCACGCAGGGCUCCAGGACUUUGUUCUCACAGGAGGCUCCCGGGGGGUGUGGGAGACGGGAGGUGAUCGGGCUACUCCUCCUGUGCUGGGGCCACCCGAGUCCCAGCUCUGAGUAGGUGACUCGGUGACCUUGAUGGGGACCCACCAGGACCAGAACACCAAAAGAUAACAGGGCUCUUCAGCUGGCAGCCGACCCCUGGCAAGUACCGUCCAGGCUCCUGGCAGGCUUUGGGCUUGGCACUGUAUGGCCCUGGAGAUUUUCCCAGAACGGCCUAGACGUGUGAUGACCACUCAGUGGUGCAGCUUGGAUGGAGCAAGUCCAGACACCCUGUCGCCUCCCCUGACCACAUGUGCCAGUCACAGCCACCAAGGGCCUUUGCACCGUCACCCACAUCCGCCAGGAGCACCUGGCAGGCUGGGAACUGAUUUCUCAUAGCCAAAUUUUCCAGGACAGCACGGCUCUGAGAGUGUCACCCACAGCACCUCCUUGUCCCCACCAGAGACACCAUCCAGGGAGCCCAGAAGCCACCUCUGAGGCUGUGCCUAACCUCAACAACUUUCUUAAGACUGUCGCUCUGUCGCUAGCUCGUUAGUAACUGUUGGGUCCUCGUCCAAACUGGGAGCCAGAGAGUAGAUCAAGCAGAGUCUGGGGUUGGGCUCAGAGUUCCCGGGGUCGGCACAGUGAUAGCCGAGCUGGUCCUUGCCCGACGCCACAUGGUGCCUGGUGUGACCCCGAGGUCAGGAGUCCCCCCGGCCCUCCGAGGUGCUAGUGGAGCCCUCUCACUAACGACGUGGGUGGUGGCUGGCUCAGUGGCUGUGGAACCUGAAGUGUGAAGUGCUUGUGAGUAGGAUCCCACAGGUCACACAUCAAUGAGCUUGAACCCCAAAGAUGGCCCUGCUGCUUUGCCAAGUCCACAGACCACCAGCCCCUCUCCCCUCCACCCUGCUCAGCCCCACCCAACCCUCCGCUCUGCAGUCCCGAGUGCCUGGCUGAUGCGGGCUGGUGACCCAAGAGCACACAUUCCCUCAUCCCCACCCCGAAGUCUAACCAGGCUGACGGAAGCCCGCGCCUCCUUUCUUCCCUGCCAUGGUGGGGGAACCACGUGGGCCCACCUGGGGAGGGGCUGGUUUGGGGCGGCUGAGGGUGGGAAGAUGCAAAUGAGUGGCCCCAAGUAGCCAGAAGGGAACACGGUAUCUUCAUGGUGAUCUCAAAGAGUCAGAAAGUUAGUGCUUCUGUCAAAGAAGGUAGAACCAUGCAGUCAGGGUUUCUUGUCACCCUGAAGUCCCAGGCACGCAUCCAAGGUCCCACAUCACACUCCUGAGGGGACUGUCACCGCCUGUCCUGUCACCUCCAUCCAGACCAUGCCAGAGUCCUCCCCUGGUGACACCCACACUGCAGAGAACGCUCGCGGGAAGCCCAUCCAUAUUCUGGAAAAAGCCCAACUGGUCAGUCUUCCUUUUAGAAAUCAGUCAUUACGGUAGGAGGAAAAGUGGCACUGAAGGAAGGUGGGUGCUGAGUUGGGUGUAAUUACAGCCAUAGAUCUGCUGUGCUGAAGAGCUUGGGCUCAGUUAACCCAGAUUUUCCCUCCUCUCUGUUCCCUGGGAAGAAACCAACCCCAGGCACACAGUUUGGCAUAGGUGAGAUGUCUCAGCUGUUUUGUGUAGUUCAUCCUGGGGAUUUUAUUUUGGGAUAAGUAGGGGAGGUGGGGGGAUCAGAGAAGUGGAGGGAAAGACAUGUUUUCCUACACACAGUCCAGUGUCUGUCAGUACCUGCCUUCCACAGUGAGCACAAGCAGCUGCCUGAGUCGUUCAGCUCUGUCCGUGAAGUCCCUACUUGUGUGGGCAGCAACAUGCUGGCCCCACAUCCAGCUCACCACGUGAAUACAACACUGCUUGUAGUUUUGCCCAUUCGCCAUCUCCGUGCCAUCCCUGAGGAUGUCAACACAGAGUCAGUGCCACGCUACCACGAGUGGUCUUGCCCAAUGCCUUCAUGGGCUGCCUUCCUGGGCUCCAUAGAAAUCACAGAAGCCUAGAGGGUGUGGGCAGGCUCCACCAUGGCCUGGCCUCGCCCAAGACCUACCCUGUAGCAAUACCAAGUGCUAUUACAUAAUCGAUGGACAAUUUACAAUUUUAUUUUUUAUGAUUAUGUUUCUAUAUUGCUGUUAGAUAAAGUGAAAUAAAAAUAUUUCAAAAGAA